AUGUCGACCGGCGUUCGAUUUGGUACGACUUCCGCACGAAGGUCACGCGGAGCCUUUGCCUUUCUUGUUCCAAUGUACGAUUCUAGCCGUUUACAGUUUCCGAUACCUUCUUGCCAGCAUCAUUCACAAGCGUAUUCUACAAGUCUUUAUCGGUCAAUGCCCUCGAGUUCUGACGAGGAUAUCGAGUCCUAUGACCUGAACGUUUCUGAAGUGUUCAUAAGGGAAUUGGAAGCAAAGAGUCGAGAAAUCGAUGCGCAGACCAGGGUGUGGCUCCAACGGGUAGUGAUUGGGAUGAAUCUCUGCCCCUUUGCGGAGCGUCCCAUGAAGGAAGGCAAGCUAAAAAUUGAAGUAGUCAGAGGGAGGGACGAGCAAGUGAUAGUGUCCGUGGUUCUCCAAGAGCUUCUGGAACGAGUCGCUGAGCCUGGUACCACGUUGGUGGUAUGCCCCGACUUGCAUCCCACCAGUUUCGAAUCUUUUCUGGAGGUCGUUAGCAUGAUUGACAACGGGUUGAUACCAGAUCAUCAAGAACUGGUAGACACUGUUCAGGUCGCGCCUUUUCAUCCACUGUUUCAAUUUGAAGGCUCCGAUAACGAUGCAGUUGACAACUGGACAAAUCGAUCACCAUAUCCAAUGUUUCACAUACUUCGAGAGGACGAAGUUUCCAAGGCGGUUGACUUGCUCCAAGGAGAUGCCGGGAAAGUAUGGCGACGUAAUGUUAAUCUGUUGACUGCUAUGGAAGAGGAACUCGGCACUGUUACUGUCGAAGAAUUAAUGACUGGAAAGGCCGACGAUGCAAGCCAGAGCAAGCUUCAAAGCCUGCUUCGUCGGUUUCGAGUCAAAGUUAGUAGCGACCCGAGUUCAACGUAG